AUGCCAGGAAAGAGAAGGAAGCUCGAACAGACCGCACCUGUCACUGCAAGAGCCGAAAAGCCACUCAGUGCAAUCGCUGCAGCAAGACUAAGAGCAGAAGCUGCGACAAAGGGCGCCAUCGUUCAAGAGACGACCCUUGAGCCACUCCCGGCACCAUCAAGCCCGCCUGCAGAGGAACUCGUGUCCGAGUACGAAGAGUCAGAAGCCGGGCCAGAGCCAGCAGUCACUAAGCGUAAUCUGAAGCUUUGCAACUGGCAAAAUAACCCUAAAGACAUAUUCGUCGAAAAUGAGUCCGAUCUAAGCAUCAACUUGGACAAGAACACCACUAUUGCCCUUGUCGGCCAUUUCGACUUCAAGGUCGCGAGGGGCGCCAUCAACAUCAACGGUGCCAACAUUGGUGCUGUGACACGAGAUGGCCAGAAAGCGCGGAAGUAUCGUGUAUAUGUCCCGGCGACGCAGCCAAUUUUCAAGAUCAGAGGUCUCGACGGCAAAAAUCAUGUACAAUUCUCAUCAUGCAAAGAACCGACACCCUUGGCGAAGCUGAGUCCUCUAUACGAAGACAUCUGGAAUACAGGGUCGCGAGGGGAGAGGCGGCGAACCUUUGGUAUAAUCACCAACUCCGAGGAGGAUCCCCUCCAAAGGCCCCUGCAGCCACAAUCAAGUCCAGAAGACUGGCUCCGUGCGAUCGAAGACUGCGCCACCGAGCCCUCUACUACUCUCGUCACUGGUGCGCCAGAAUCUGGGAAAUCUACUUUCAGUAAAAGAUUGAUCAAUCGCUAUCUGACAGGCAUGGGCAAAACGAAGUCCGCUGUGCCCGCAGUCUGCUACCUAGAUCUAGAUCCUAGUAGCCCAGAAUACUCGCCGCCCGGUCAGAUCUCUCUGGUCGUUGUACGGGAAUUGGACCUAGGCCCCAGCUUCACGCACCCUGUCACUACACCACUUCAACCGGGAUUCAUACAGAAUGAAACCGUCCGAUCCAAUGCCAUCCCAAUAAAUCUUGCAAACUACCAGGAUUACUACCGCGAAUGUAUCGAAGGCCUGUACCUAGCAUACAAGAAUCUCUACUCGCGCGACUCCUCCCUCCCGCUGCUCAUCAACACCCCAGCCUUCCUGUAUACAACGCACUUCCGGUUACUAGAGCAGCUGCUCGCAUGCUUCAAACUCCAAAACAUUGUUCAUGUAGGUGACACGUGCGCCGUGGAUCCCUCCACCGCCGAGAAACUCCACGCUCUCCAAACGAUGAGUAAAAAGCACCGCAGCACGCUCCACGAAAUCACCGCACAAACACCGACCCUCCCGCCCCUACGAACAGACGCCGAGCUGCGCGCCAUGCACAUGCAAUCCUACUUCCACCUCUCCACUCCGCCCACCAGUUCGGUACCAACAUGGACCUCUGCACCGCUUACCACUUACCUCCCCUGGGAAUUCUCAUACCGCACAACACCCACGCGGUCGCAAGACAUCGUCGGCUUCCUCGCGCUUACCGAGCCCCUCCCGCCCUCCUCACUCAUCCACUACCUCGCCGGCUCCGUAAUCCACAUCCUGCAAACCUCAUCCUCUCGAAUCCCCACACCCUAUACCGCGCUGCCGCGCACGCCCAAGUCGCAGAUCCCGUACUUCCCUGCGAACCAGAAGCUGGACUUUACGGAGCCGCUAGAUCCGCGGACGAGUCGCGUCGUGUGCGCUGCGUUGAUUAGGGGGAUUGAUCCGGAAAGGGGCGUGGUGCAGGUUCUGGUGCCGAGGGCACUGGAGGAUGUCAUGACGGGGUUGAAGGCGGAGAGAACGGUGUUUGUGGUAGGGUGUUGUGAGACGCCUGAGUGGGCGUAUGUGGAGGAUGCGUAUGCGCGACGGUACGAGGAGGAGGUUGGUGAGAGGAAAGUCGGGGAGAGUAGGGAGCUGCCGGUGUGGGUUGAGAAGGAGGGCGUGGUUGAUGGGAUGGGGUAUUUGAAUACUGUGCGACGCGUGAGGAAGUUUAUUACUGGGGAGAAGGAGAAGGAGGGUGAGGGAAAAGGGAAGCCGUAGAAUCAAAGCUUCGGUUGAGGUCUAGAUACCUUAGACUGAGUUCAUAACAUCACGCGUCAACUCCAUGCUUACUUCAUACUCCUCGCCUUCUCGAGAUCUUGCUCGCUCAGCUCCCUAAGCACACCCGUAUUCGCAACACCACCCGUGAUCGCCGCACCAGCAACCUCCUUCGCAUAUCCCAACAGCCCAACCUCCGUCUUAUAGUACGUCACGUACUUGCUCUUAACCUCAAUGAGCGUCAUGCGCGGGUCAUCAGCAGUACCAUCAUGCUUGCCGUCGCCCAGGUCGCCAAACCAGGCUGCUGCGCCGCGCGACCAGACUUCCUUAAUGCGCGGGUCCGAGUUGGAGGUCGUGGUUGCGGUGCCGGAGACGGAGAUCCAGUCCUGUGUUUUGCUGUCUUGGAAGGUGAUUUGGACUUCCUUGUUCGACUCGAGGUCGGAUAACUUGCGGCUGUGCUUGUUGGCGAGGAAGAGGAAGUCAGGGCCGUCACGGCGGGCGG